CCAACCGUACACCACCAGAGGCCCCUUCCUCUCAAAUUUCUAAAACCCAGAAGAUUCAACCUUUCAACAUUUGGAAUUUGAAACCAUAAAACCCCAAAUCCCAAGAAUCCGACCCCAAUUACCCAAAAACCAUGACCAAGAUCGACACCCUCCGUCGAUUUCUCCUCCCCUGCUUGUCCCCCUCCUCCGCCAAAUCCACCCACUCCGCCGCCGCCGCCCCCAAGAAGCGCCUCAGCACCUCCUUGCGCGACGACCUGGACGACAUCAACGCCGCCGCCACCAAAAGCUUAGACCCCAAGGACCAAGAUUCACAAUCUUCCACCUCGCCCACCCAAAACGACGGCGUGGCGAUUCCGGCCCAGCAGACCCGCCCCUCCAAAUCCAUGGUCAUCGGCACAAUCUUCGGCCACCGCCGCGGCCACGUGUGGUUGUGCAUCCAGCACGACCGCCUCUCCACCAAACCCACCCUCCUCCUCGAGCUCUCGGUCUCGACCUACCAGCUAGUCAACGAGAUGCGAUUCGGGCUCGUCCGCGUGACCCUCGAGUGCGACGAGUCGGACCGGCCCCAGCUCGCUGAUUGCCCGCUCCGAUCCGUCCCCAUUUGGACCGUUCACUGCAACGGCCGCAAACUCGGGUCCGCGGCAAGAAGAAAAGCGAGCGAGAAGGUGAAAUUGAUGCUGAAGAUGAUGCAGUCGACGACGGUCGGAGCCGGGGUAAUGCCGGCAGGGUUCGCGCUCGGGUCGGAGGCGGAGUCGGGUCAGGAAGUAAUGUACAUGAGGGCGAAUUAUGAGCACGUGGUGGGGAGCGCUGACUCGGAGUCGUUUCAUCUGAUUAACCCGGAUCAGUGCCCGGGUCAAGAACUCAGUGUCUUCCUUCUCCGGUCCAGGCACUCUUGAAUCUGUGAGCAAAGAUUCAAAGACCACAGUUUUAUUUAAUUCCGUGAGCAAAGAUUCAAAGGCCACAGUCUCUUUUGAAAUGAGUGGGAAUUUGAAAACUAGGUGUUUUCUGGAGCUUUAGGAUUUGGGGAUUUUCUUGGAAGAGAAAUUAUAUUUUUCGUAGAAGUUGGUAAUUAUGUUUUUGUGCAGAUUGAUUAGGUUUUUUUAGGGCUAGCUUAGCUGAAUCCCACAAUAUCAACUGUACAUUGUGUAUCAUCUCAGAGGUGAUCAACAGAUUAAUCGAAAUCGUGAUGAAAUUUCAUAUCAUUUCUCAGUUUUGCACCUUCUAUGUGAAUUUGAGUGCGUACGGAUUUU